AUGGAUCCCUCUUACAAUCAACCCCUGUCUGAAGACCAGAUGAACAUCGCGAUUUAUCUCGCCAACAGGAGUUUCUUCAUAGACUUUCUAUGUCGCGUUUCUGAUGAGACUCAUCAUCACCACCCGAGCUCCAAUUACCCGAGUAGUCCACCUGACAUUGUCGAUGUGCCUCGAACAGGAACCGACGUUGUUAAACUCAUCAUGUCCAGUAAGUUCGGUUGUACCAAGCUUCUAAACGGCUAUGUAAAACUUGGCUUUGGACCCAGCCAUGUCAUGGUCCCUUUGGAGAACCGUGAUACCGAUGAUGGUCAACAGACUGGUUUCGUCAGAUUCCUCGAGGCGCUAUAUGAGGGAAACACUCUCAUCCGGAACCGGGCCAGAAUUGUGACCAUCUUUGACUGGUUCAUCCAGCUUCAAAGCAAUAUACACCACCCUUCGGCUUCGGAUCUCGGACCAAUGACUACAAGUCACAAGACUACACCUGGGCGACCCCGAACCCCGAUCGACCAUCUGACGGAGAUGCUGAAAUGGCAAACAGCAGGCCCUACUAUUCACAGACGUGGAGUCAACCUCACCUGUAUGAUGAUCGAGAAGCUAUGCGCCAAAGGUGCUGUCAUCGACCUUUACCAGGAUCGCUUUCUCACAAACCAACAGACUGGUAAACUGAAGAGGCCUAACAAUGCGGUUGAGAUCGCCAUGAUGCCACAAUGUCCAGUGUCUUUCCUUCAAGUCUUCCUUUCCAGUCGCACACACGAGGAACAGCGGUUCGUGGCUAUUGGCCCAGUCUGGAAAUCUUCUGGCGCCAACCUCGCUCGAGGGAUGCAUUAUGCUGUGACGAACAUGGAAUGGAUCAUCACACGCAUUUACCGAGACAUCUUUGAAGAAACCAAACAUGUCAGUGGCCGCUUACAUAUCGACCGCGAGUACGAGGAAAAGGUGUCUCUUCUGGGCAACCCUUUCUGGACUGAUGGCGUGGAGUUACGAGCAUUGAGGAAACUUGUUGAAGUAGUCGAAGGAAUUCUUCACGAGAUUGACGAAUCAGAUUUUCAGCGAGGAGAGGCAUUUAAAUACCAGAGCUGGUUCAGACUCUGCCAUGCUGUCUCCGGUCUGGCCGAUACCUCCUACCGGGUGAAUUCUGAGGAGUCUUCCAAGUACUUCGGCGACAGACGGCAUCAGUUUGUCAUUGAUCUCUCAUGGGACCCUCGAUUUGAGUGGAUGGAAGCCGAGCUUGACAAGCAGAUCCUGAAGUCCGACUCGCACAUCUCUUGGACUUCGCGUGAUGAAGUGGCCAGUGUCUGGCGAAAGAUGAUCAUUGAGCAAGGCGGGCAUGAAUGGUGGGAUGUCGAAGAACAUGACUUCUACGUCAUGGCCUGGGAGGUUGAGCAGGCCCUUGAAGAUGCCGCCCGCCGUGAAAUCAAUGGCCUGUGCUUGUAA